AUGGGCUUCCUGCUUGGACAGCAAGUAGUCGUGAAAGAAGCCAGUGGGAAGGUGUUCCUGCAGUGUGGUACCGGAGAAGGUCAAGUCACGUGGCUGAAGGAUGAGGACAGGAUAGCAAACACAACACAGCUGGACUUGGGUGCAGUUCACGAUGAUCCCAGAGGCACCUAUGCAUGUGAAAUAGGAGGCAAAACGAGUGCCUCCCUCCAGGUGUACUACCGAAUGUGCCAGAACUGCAUCGAAGUGGACGCUCCCACCAUCUCGGGGAUCGUGAUCGCCGAUGUUAUCGCCACCGUCUUCCUGGCAGUUGCCGUGUAUUGCAUCACUGGCCAGGACAAGGGACGCAUGUCACGAGCUUCUGACAGGCAGAACCUGAUUGCCAACGAGCAGCUCUACCAGCCCCUUGGCGAGCGGGACGAGGGACAGUACAGCCGGCUGGUACCUGCCAAGGCCCGCAAGUGA